CCGUUAUUAGCAGCGAUAAGUGUCAGUCGAGCUCAUGUUGAUGCCUAUACUUCAACUUCUUUGGAUUUUCAACUCUAGCUUUUAGAUCAAUCUAAACCGCUGCUGUAGUGUUUUCCCCAGUACAACCGUAAAUAACGAUCGCAAUUGCAAAGGAUGAGGUUCCGGACGAGAACGGUUACGGUGUCGAGCAGCUGGCGUUGGUACAACUCCGGUGCCUGGCCGCACUGCGCGCUCUGUGUUUAUCUACUCUGGAGAACACUCUGCGCACGUCCCGGCGCGACGAUCUGUGAUGCGGUGAGGCUUACGUCCGUUUCGAUUUCCCACCCCGUUGCAUCGGAUGAACGCAGAGAUCAGGACGUGCAUCUGUACAAUCAGGACGCACAUUUUGAGCUUGCAAUUGCAUGGGAACGGGAUGCAACAGACAAACGACUAGAGCGCAAGCCCAGCCUCACUAGUACCGCUCCAUACCCGAAUUUCGCAGGUAGCAGGAAGAGGAACGAAGACAUGCACAUAAGGACCAGCGAAGAUUACAGCGCACCAGAUGAGUUGCUAACACAGACUCCUUACUUCGAUCCAGCUCUUGCCGCUGCUGGAGAAAAUUUGCAGCUAGCCUCCGUGCCGACGCAGCAUCGAAUGGAGCUGAUGAAGGACGAGAAAGAUGAAAGUAGGCAGCCCCUGCUGCUGAACAAAAGGAAAAGACCAACUUUGAAGAUGAGCUCCUCCUCUUCAACACGCCAGCCAGAGCCGCGCCGCUCGGUAGAAGUGAUUUCGAAGACUCUUGCAGACGGGUCUGUGUUUCGGUUCCUUGAGGCACCGGCAGAAGAAUUUUCCUCGAAAGAGCUGCGUGUAUUUGAAGCGCUCCGACUAAUGCACUACAACGGACAGCCGUCCUUUCAUCGCAGCCGCUGGAGCGAUUCGGGCGCGAGCGCAGAUGGGACUGAGAUGGAUGUCUUAUGCACAAUCUGCCUCCGCAAACGGAUUGUAGUAGCUGCAAGACAAAGAAAAGGUCCGACUCCGGGGAAAGCAUCGUGUGGUGCCGACGUGUGUCUGCGCUCAGGCCACCCCGAAGAAGAACCCGGAGCCAGCACUUCAAGUUCGUCUUGCAAUAAAGUACUAGAUGCCCAAGGAGGUCAAGGUAGUACAGGAGCUGUACGAUUUAGCGCGAAUGCAGGAGAAGCGGGCAGUGCCACCGCGCUUGAGGAGGAAGAUGAAGAAGAAGUUUUCGUCAUAAUGGACCAUGAUGAUGUCAGGUCAGAACGCAG